UGCGGCUUCACCUCCUGCGCUUGCAGACGCUUCGGUAUCCAUCAAGGGAGAUAAGUUACUUUCAUUCCGUUUUAAAGUCACGGUUUCUCGGUUGCGUUGUUAUAUACAACACAGACAGAAGUCUAAGGAGCGUGAAUACGUAUACUUUUUGCUGUUUUUUUGUUUUGUUGUUGCUGUUUUUUUGUUUUUGUUUUUUUUUUACUUUAAAGGAUUUAAGUUUGCAGGGCAAAGGUGUGCGCCUCUACAGACUGCCGCCUGCAGUCUUUGGGCACAGAACACUUGGAUUAAAAAAAGAAAAGAAGAUUUUUUUCCCCUCUUUUUUUCUAGUGUGAGCAGCUAAUCGUUAAUUUUCUCGCAUGAAUCUCCUCGACCCAUACCUGAAGAUGACAGAAGAACAGGAGAAAUGUCACUCCGACGCUCCGAGCCCCAGCAUGUCUGAGGACUCGGCGGGAUCUCCGUGCCCGUCCGGCUCCGGCUCGGACACCGAGAACACCCGGCCAUCCGACAACCACCUCCUCAGGGGUCCGGACUACAAGAAGGAGGGCGAGGAAGAGAAGUUUCCGGUGUGCAUCAGAGACGCCGUGUCCCAGGUGCUGAAGGGCUACGACUGGACGCUAGUGCCCAUGCCGGUGCGAGUCAACGGCUCCAGCAAGAGCAAACCGCACGUCAAGAGACCCAUGAACGCGUUCAUGGUGUGGGCCCAGGCGGCGCGGAGGAAGCUGGCCGAUCAGUACCCGCACUUGCACAACGCAGAACUCAGCAAGACCCUGGGAAAACUCUGGAGGCUGCUCAAUGAGGUAGAGAAGCGCCCGUUCGUGGAGGAAGCCGAACGCCUGAGAGUGCAGCACAAGAAGGAUCACCCCGACUACAAGUAUCAACCGAGGCGGAGGAAAUCUGUCAAGAACGGCCAAAACGAAGCCGAGGAUGGCGAGCAGACCCACAUCUCUCCGAACGCUAUCUUCAAGGCGCUGCAGCAGGCCGACUCCCCGGCGUCAAGCAUGGGCGAGGUGCACUCCCCUGGAGAACAUUCAGGUCAGUCACAGGGACCGCCAACACCCCCUACCACCCCAAAGACAGAUCUCCCGUCCAGCAAAGCUGACCUGAAGCGCGAGGGUCGCCCCGUUCAGGAGGGCAGCAGUCGGCAGCUCAACAUAGACUUCGGAGCCGUGGACAUUGGCGAGCUUAGCAGCGACGUCAUCUCCAACAUCGGCAGCUUUGACGUUGACGAGUUCGACCAGUACCUGCCGCCUCACAGCCACGCCGGGGUCGCCGGCGCAGCCCAGGCCGGCUACGCAGGCAGCUACGGCAUCAACAGCUCCUCGGUCGGUCAGGGACCCGGUGUCGGAGCCCACGGCUGGAUGUCCAAGCAGCAGCACACUCUGACCAACUUGGGUGGAGCAGGAGAGCAGGGGCAACAGGGUCAGCAGAGAACCACCCAGAUCAAGACAGAGCAGCUUAGCCCGAGCCACUACAGCGACCAACAGGGAUCCCCGCAGCACAUCACCUACGGCUCAUUCAACCUACAGCACUACAGCCCGUCUUCUUACCCGUCCAUCACAAGAGCACAGUAUGACUAUUCAGAGCACCAAAGCAGUGCCAACAAUUACUACAAUCACGCAGCCGGCCAAGGCUCCAGCCUGUACUCCGGCUUCAGCUACAUGAGCCCCAGUCAGAGGCCGAUGUACACCCCGAUAGCUGACACCGCUGGGGUGCCCUCUGUGCCGCAGACCCACAGUCCACAGCACUGGGAACAGCAGCCGAUUUACACACAACUGUCCAGGCCCUGAGGAGCCGCAACACAUCCACCCAAGACUUCUCUCUUCCCCCACCCCCCACCCCCAGUGGCCUUAAUUUCGUUCUCCUUGCCACAUUGCCAAUAGAAAAACACGACAUGGACUUUUUUAAAAUAGUUCUAAAAAAAAAAAAUCAUCUUUAAAUUGGCUCACAGCAGUGCCUUUUGUAUUGGUUGGAGUUGUGAUUAUAUUUUUUUAGAUAUAAUGUUUAAAAAGUUAAAUCCUCUGUGAGGACAUACUGGUAAUGAAUAUGAUAGUAUGUACUGUGUAUGUGUUCUGCUCUUGUUAUUCUCAACAUAAUCAGUGUCAUGAUCAUCAUCGCUUGCUUAAAGAAACAGGGAUGUCGGGUUAAAACACCCUCAGUGGCCUUUUUAUUCUCUCUAAAAUGUUUUUUUUUUGUUUAGUUUUUUUUUUUUUUACUGGACGUUUACUGACACUGCCAUCUCACCAUAGCCUUCAUUCUGCUUAGAAUUUUUCUACUGUACAUAUGCUAAGUUCAGUGACAUCCACAGUGCUGAGCAAUGCAGAGCUGGAAUAGGAUGCCAUGAUACAACUGCGUCAUCAGUUAAGAGUCCAAUGUACUGCUUUAUUUUUUUUUUUGGUUCAGCUUAAACGUAUUGUGUUGGAAAUGCUAAAAGCAGGUGCCAUGUAUCUCUUCUGGGGGCCUUACUGUGUUGCUAGAUGUGACAGUGUCGCUUGCUUUUUAUCUGAGUACUGCCUUCAAUACCAUUAGUGCCUCUGAAGCCACAGCGCGGAGGCUUCGCGGUCCGGAGAGACAGUGGCGCAGGUCGGAUCUCCUGCUUGAUGAGAUUCAGGAAGUGGCCUUUGACCUGGCUCUUGCCAGCGUAAAUCAGGUCCGAGCAUGUUGUGCUUCUAUCACAUAAUUUUCUCCUUACUUCUUUUGUUUUCUUAAUUUAUUCUUUAGCAUUAAUUUUAUUGGAGAAUUAUCGUUUAAACCCAGCAGCAUCUAACAGAGGUGAAUUUUAGGUUGCUGUCAUAUGUGGUACAAAGUUGCUUAUUUAUCAUUUGUAAAUGUUUUCAUAUGAUUCUCGAUUGAAUUGAAUCGAAUCGACUUGUGUACAGAAUGCCUAAAAAAUCACAUGAUGGGUCUUUCUCUGUAAGAAAAACUGAAUGUUUUCUUUUCAACUUCCUUUCUAACAUAAUGACUGGAUAAGAAAAAGCAGCUGUAAAGAAUUUAGCCGGAUUCAACAGAAAACUUUGUUUUAGUUUUUUUUUUUU